AUGAUUCCAUCCCUGUUAGCGGUCGCGCUCCCCUUUGCGCUCCAGGUGUCCGCAGCCGCACUACCGGCGUCGGCUUCUGCGGAAGGCCUGGACAUUGGCGCCUCAUUGCAGAACAUCCUGUCCAACACGCAUAACAGCGACGGAUACAAAUACCCGACUGAUCUGACUAGGGGAAUAGUACCAAAACGCAUCCAUUCGCACAACGACUACUGGCGGGAUGUGCCCUUCUACACGGCGCUGUCUGUAGGGUGCGUGUCCGUUGAAGCGGACGUGUGGCUGUACAACGACACCCUGUACGUUGGCCACGAGCAGUCGGCCCUGACUGCCGCGCGCACGUUCGACUCGCUGUACGUGCAACCGAUCCUGGACGUGGUGAAGCGGGAGAACCCGGCCUCUCCAUUUGUGUCGUCUCCCACACGCAACGGCGUCUUCGACACCUCAUCAGGCCAGACGCUCUACUUGUUCGUCGACGUCAAGACCGACGGCCCCACGGCCUGGCCCGUCGUCGUCAAGGCACUCCAGCCCCUGCGCGACGCCAACUACCUCACCACAUGGAACGGCACGCAUAUUACCCCGGGCCCCGUCACGGUCAUCGGCACGGGCAAUACCCCUCUGGAUCAAGUCCAGCCCGUGCAGCAGCGUGACUAUUUCUUCGACGCAAACCUCGCGUUGCUGGACGAUGUCCAGGCCAACAUCACCGCCAGUGUGUCGCCCAUAGCCUCGACCCAGUUCAGCCGCUACAUUGGCGACAUCAACGGCACCACCUUCAACGACACCCAGCUGGCCAUUGUGCGCAGCCACCUGGCUGAGGCGAACAAACGUGGCAUUCUGGCUAGAUACUGGGACACGCCGGCCUGGCCAAUCUCCACCCGAAACGCCGUUUGGACCACGCUUAUCGAGCAGGGCGUUGGCUUGUUGAAUGCUGAUGACCUGACAGAGGCAGCUGGCUUUGGCGGUGUUGCUGGGUACUGGUGA